AUGAGUGUUAUGUUUGUUGUGAUAGCGUGGCUCUGGUGUUGCGGUUUGGUGAGUGCGCAGAACACGACCAGUUUGUCGACUUCAAGCUUCAGUUCGAGUACGAGCGUGGCCUCUACUUCAUUUACUUCAAUCUCACAGCCCUCGUCUUCGUUGAGCUCUUUGAGUUCAUCCUCGUCAUUCAUUUUUUCAUCGAGUGUUUCGUCGUCUUCCUCCUCAAGCUCUUCCUUUAGCUCCAGUUCUUCGUCGAGUUCAAGUUCUAGUCUGUCUUCUAGUUCAUCGUUGAGUUCUUCUUCGAGCUCAUCAUCAUCAAGCUCUUCGUCAUUAUUGCCUUCCUCCACGACGAGUUCUUCGAGCUCCUCGAGUUCGAGCUCUAGUUCGUCAAGCUCUAGUUCUAGCUCCACCACUUCGAGCCCAAUCACAAGCUCUUCCUCUGAACAACACACAAUUACAAGUUUGGUGAGUGGGAAAACCAUUGUUUCCAAUCUAUACACCACUUUUACUUACACGGCGACCGCCGGACAGAGGAACACAUCGUCUCACGGACUUUCCAAAAAGAACAGAAAUAUUGUUAUUGGUUGUGUGGUAGGCAUUGGUGUGCCAUUGAUAAUCGCUGCAGCUCUAUUAAUCUACUUCUUUUGCGUUCAAUCGAAAAAGACAGAUUUCAUCGAUUCCGAUGGUAAAGUUGUCACAGCGUAUCGAGCAAACAAAUUCACACGUUGGUGGUACGCAUUGCUCGGAAAGGAUAUCAGUGAUAGGUACGAAUCUACUUCUCCAUUGGGGAAUAGUAACUCCCCCAUUAUGGAGGACGAAGAAAUGCCUGACCCUUCUGAAGAUACGAACGUUGAUACCACUGGCACUAGUGGAGGGGGCGCACACUCAAACGAACUCAUGUUGAAUGAGGAGAAAUUUUAUGACGAGAACGGGAACCAAUUAAACGCAAGAAACUAUUAA